ACUGGCCCCAUGGCCAUCAAUUGUCAUGACUUUUGGUUUUUGUACUUGGUCAAUACUUGGUCAAUGGUUUCCAUAUAUGUUACCCCUAUUCGCUUGUACGGUACUACUCUAGAUCCCCAUUUUCCAGCCAUUGCCAUAUAUAACCAUGGUCCUAUUCUCUUCUGCCUCUUCUGCGUUGAGUAGACGCAAGGGCGAGACGAACCGGAAAGGAAGAUCCAUUCCUUGGGCGUUUGUGGGGUUUGUCUUGGCCACGGUCUUUUUGAUUUUCUUUUCUUUGUACGUCAAUGCACUCAAUAAUGCCGUUCAUCAUCAUCAGCAUCAGCAUCAUGAACAACAACUAAGACAACAACCACAACAAACGGUCAAAUCACCACCACAAGAAAAAGAAAAAGAAGCAAAACCAAUAGAAAAGGCAAAACCAAUAGAACCAAAAGACGAAAACCACAAACCUCCUGCCAACGUCCACAAAGGACCUCGACAAACACUGGUCCUCAAAACCGACUGGGGGACUCUCAAGAUCGUAUUGCUCCCCAAUCUAUCUCCCUCCAGUGUCCAGUACAUUCGAGACAUGGUAAAAUCGGGAGAAUGUCCUCGGUGUGCCUUUUACCGCGCCGAACAUUUGGGCAUUCUACAGGGAAUCAUCAAAAAUCCCGAUCAUCCACCUCCCACCAAAGUGCAUCUGGGAGACUGUCCAUCCGAAUUAGCUGGAGAAUAUAAAGACAAUUGUCAUGGACCCAUCAUGGAACAUGGCAUGGUCGCAUGGGCCGGAGGAGGCACGGGCCCCGACUUUUUCAUUGAUUGGUAUGCCAAACCAGCCAAGUUUUGGGGGACGCAACACACAGCAUGGGGCAAAGUCAUGCUCGAUGAUCGAUCAUCCCUACAGACCAUGAACAAUAUUUGGGCAUUGUCCACACACAAAAAGGGAUUGACGUAUCUCGAUGAAACUGUCAAAUUCACAAUGUCCAUUGAAGAAAAAUUCAUUUGAGUACAUGUAUGUAAUCAACAAUAAAUCAAUAGAGAGCAAUAAUGAUACAUGCAGUACGUGCUGUGCAUGGGAUACGUGUUGGCAGUCUAUGUAUGGUGAGUGUAUAUGAUAGGUUGAUAGUUACCAUACCAGCAUGCAAUAUGGGCAUUCGUUUUAAUGGGGGUUUCAGAGUAGAAACUCUCUACUGUAGCCAGGGAGGGGCCAGGCUUUGGCAAAGAAGAGCCGGAAUUCGGGACUGGGUUGCCUGGGAUCAGGGGCGACAAGUUGAGGGCCAACACCGGGCCAAAGGGCUUGGCUUAUUUGCGGGAUCCACAGAAACUUAAACGAGUGGCAGACUUUCUGGCUGAUAGACAAAGACAUGCGGAGCCAUAACAAAUACCAGCCUGUGUAGGCAAGAGAAUAGUUAGCCAGGAAAACUCCAAACUACAUACUUUAGAAUGACUGGUGUUCUGCCUUUCUUUCAACUAUGAGCUUCCUUCUUCGGUC